GGUCUCACGUGUUCCAAUAGCUUUCUUUACACGACACCCGGACUUCCGUGGGCCAUCACAUGUGCCUCAUAUAAAGGAACUCCCAAAAUAACCGAGCAUCGAAGAAAACACCUCAGCACAGAAUCAAAAGACCGAGUAGAGAAAAUUUUUUGAGAUCCAGAGAAAAUGGCGAUGAAAUCCAGUGUACCAACAAUGGCUUCGCUUGUUCUUGACGACGGGUUCUUGUUGGAAGAAAGAGAAGAAGAAUUCGAUCUCUCUUACUGGGAAUUUAUCAACAACUCUGAUGCUGACUACUCCGACGAUUCUCUCUCUGUAGACAGUCUCUCCGAUGGCAUCGCUUCUUCGCUCUCCUCCAUAAGACAAGAUGAAACUCAAAUUACCCAUGAUGAAGAUAUUGAUGAUCCUCGAUCUUGCCAUGGUGAUGAUGAUCUUAACGAUGGGUAUCGGCCGUACGAUGAAGGGCGUAGGUGUCUUGUGGGUUAUCAGUACAGUCGUCGUGAUUACGCUGGUAAUCGUUACGGUGAGGAAGAAGACGACGAGGAUGAGGAUGAGAACGAGGAGUUUGAUGGUUAUGAUUUGGAUGAUGAGCUUGUGCCGAGAUCUUUGAGUGGGAAGCUUGGUAGACAGAGGAUGAGGAAGUUGGGAAAGAGAGCGUUCUCGAAGAUGAACACUUCAAAGAGGUCUCCUUAUCUGUACGUGAAGCCUGGAUGUGUUCAUGGCAAGCACGGGUUGGGGAUGAAGCACAGUUAUUGAAUAAGGGGUGGCGGAUCUAUGGAGGAAGUGGUGGAAAAUGGUCUGAUCUGAAACGGGUACCUUGUUAGAACUUUGAUUUGGGUUAAUUAGUAGGUGAAGUUAAUUGGGAUUAUGGCUUUAAGUGGGUAUUACUUUCCUAGUGUUUAUAAAUGUUUAUUAUGUUGUCUUGACAGUGCUUUUACCUAACCAUGUAUGUAGAUACUGUAUUUGGAUUUGAUACUGAUACAUUUAAAGGGAUCUUCUGGGUAUAUGAGAUUGAACAAAAAUCUUCUUCUUUUAUUGACCA